AUGUCGCACGGAGCAUCAUCGGUCGCAGAGGCCAAAAGAGUGGCCCAAAGGAUGUCAGAGCCCACUACUCCCACCUCACCAACAGAAAGACGCGGUUCCUCCUUCAUGAAUUUCUUCUCGUCCAUCCUCGGCUCGAAGAACCCGUUGGCACAGCCGGCAGACCCACAUCAAAACACUGUGUGGCUGCUCGACAACACAGCGUACCAGCCCGUAAAUGAUGAAACAGACGAGAGCCAAUCCUGGCACGCUGAAGUAGUCGCCUGUAUCUUCGAAAAGGGAGGCAGGAAAGACAUCGGCAAGAUUGUCGCCCUUAUCGCAGACCACAUCGGGCUAGACGGCGAGCGCGGCGGACACGAAGAUGCCCGCAAGCGCAUCGAACAUCGCAUCCAGCCUUUCCUGGACGCCGUCUCACCUUCUCGUACUGUCACUCUUCGAGUUCCCGUUUCAAGACCGGCACAGACGCACGGUCUAGGCCCAUCCGACCGUAACGGUAUUGUCAGCCAGACGUUCGAGAUGGGCCACCUGGACGUUGAGGACGGGGCGGUGAUAAGGCCUCGCCUUCAUGACUUUGGCGAUGACAGUGUGUCGAUGACCACGACCUUUGCUGCGCCAGAAGGAUGGCUGGUUAUAUCCGACAUUGACGAUACGAUUAAGCGGACUUUGACGCUUGAGCCGACGGGGAUCAUCCAGACAACGUUUGCAGAUGUGCCAGAGCCGAUCGCUGGUAUGCCUGAUUUAUAUGAUUAUGUCGAUGCCGAGCUUGUACCUGCGUGGUUUUAUCUCUCCGCAUCACCUUACAACCUCUAUCCUUUCUUGCACAGUUUCUUGCAUGAAUAUUACUGCCCUGGCACGUUGGUGCUGCGCGAUUAUUCGUGGAUGGACAUUACGGGCCUCAUCAAGUCUUUCACGGAGAAGACCCAAGAAUACAAGGUUGACCGGAUGGAGAAGAUCCAUGGGUGGUUCCCGCGUCGGAGGGUGUUGUGCAUUGGAGAUUCGACACAGAAGGACCCGGAGGCCUACGCCGAAAUGUAUGCGAAAUAUCCAGAGUGGAUUCACGCCAUUGCGAUUCGCAAGGUCUUAGACGUGGCUCAUAUGGAAGAGAAGAAUGAGCCGGAGAGAUUUGAGAAAGCAUUUGAGAAUGUACCAGGCCACAUCUGGACUGUUUUUGAGGACCCAAGGGAGUUGUAUGAUUUUGUUGAUGGACUCGGGAUGGAAGAUCAGGAUUUGUAA